AUGACGAUUCUUUCGAGACCAACUUCCUCCUACUCAUACCUUUCAUGGAAAGUUCUCGUUGGCAGUGUUGAGGACCGCCUCUGCGUUCAGCAACGCACAGACGAGGGAGUCGAGAAAAACAAACAAUUUUUACAUCGCCUGUUAUACCGCAGCACGGAUCUUGUGCAGUACCGAAUUAUUUACUCAUCCGACCCGCUCGACUACGCGGCAGACACGGCGAGGCAAAGUGUGGCUCGAAAGGAGGUAAAUGCGCCACCACGGAUGGUGCUGGCCGUCGCUGACGAUGCUCAAGCUAUUAUGCGCGAGUGGGAAAUAAUUACGCAGUUAUGGAGGAAGUACGUCUUGUCUGACAUGAGUAACGGCCUAACGGUAAACAGCUGGAAAAAGCUGUACGCUCACAUCGCGGAUUCUACCACGCCGGCUGGCACGCCAACAGUGGACAUGGAGCUCACAGCAGACGGUGAUAGAGAGCUGCUAAAAGGAGGAAAUUAUUGUUCCCUGUCUCCCUUCUCCAGAGUCCCAGAGGAAGAAGAGGCGCCAAACCGGGAGCCACUGAAGCAGCAAGAACCGCUGUUAGAUGUCUAUGAUGUCUAUCUUAUUCGUAUAAUGCAUUUAUGGUGUUGGACUUACCCCUUGGGCACACUUCUGUAUUUGUUUUUCUUGGUUAUUGCUUCGAGGUGCGGUGUGAUGCAGUUCCCACUUUUUUGUAUCAUUACGCUCUUGGUUGGAUUUACGUAUCCCCUUCGAUUAAUGGACAGCGGGGAGCUAGCGGGGGGCGGGCGAAUACGUUGUCGGUUGGAAAUGCUGCUCGGUUGGCGCAGCCCUCGACAUGUGGUGGCCUCGCUUAUUGCCCUUGUCAUGGUGGAACACGUGGUGGCGCUCCUCUUUCCAGAGUGGAAUUUGGUGGAGGUGCUUGGGCGUGCAUUGCUCCCCAUGCUGGCUGCAUCGCUUAUGUACAACGGCGUGUUCCACGUCGUGGAGGCGGUGAACCCACAGAUGCCUUUUGAUAGCGUUGAGAAUCACACCUUCAAGACACAGGUCAUUUUGGAGGAAGAAACUCUUCUGGACGGUGAAAAAGGGGGAAAGGAAUUCGUGGUGGAUGGGAACCUGGAAAGGGCGCCACCGGCGCUGGAUGCACGCAAGAAAGCCCUCCGCGAUGAACUGACUCCGGAAGGACCCUUUUCAUCAAUUAUCACUCGCUGCAUCGCGUUUGCCUCGGUGUCGAAUGGUUGGGAGGUGCGAGAGAAGCGUCCGAACGGCGCUGUGGUGUUGGAAAGGCAGAGUAUGUACUCCAAAAAUGCAGCCGUGCUUUUUAUUGCUAACGUCCCACACGCGAAUGUAGGAACACUGCAACACUUGCUGCUAGACGAUCCAGAGUUUACAGAUGCCAAAACAUCCUACGCGUACCAGUACGACAAACUACUGGUCCAACGGGCAAACGUGGCGAUGUUGGGCAUAAACGAGUUGUUGGUUUUAACACGCUACAAAGCGGCUCAGUGGGGCGUUUCCAGCCGAGAGGUACUGAAUUGGGUGAGUUGCGCCAACCUUUUUACCCCGUCGCAGCAGGAUUCACUUGGCCUGCGACGCGACGAUGGCAACGAGUUGCUGGCUUUUGCCCAGUGUGGGGUGGCGUGUGCGGAUGACGUUGUUGUCGCACUUCCACCCGCACCGACCUCGGAGGUCUAUGAGCGUGCAGCGGCACACAUUUACCUUAUUAUGGGUCUUGAGGAGGCAGAUGGCUCCCUGACGCUUCAUGUCUGCUACGACGUGGACCCCAAAGGCCGCAUUCCCAAUCGAUUUCAUGCCUACAUUAACAAACAGCAAGUUGAGAAGGCCGAGGCAAUUAUGACGCUGCUGGGUAAAAUUGGUCCCAAGCAAAAUAUUGUGCGUCCGUAUGUCAACGCGAGGGACUUUGAUCCUAUCAUCCGUCACUCGCCGUCUUGUGGCAACGCAACGUCAAACAAGGAAACCGACGCUUGGGAAAACGCAGGGAUGCUGACUCUCAAAACGACUCCACCUGACACGGAGGUGGAACGGAUUGCAAGGCGCUUUGUACAAGAGCUGUUUCUGCGUGAAUGGAAGUUGCAUUCAGAGAAAAAAGGUAUCACUCUCUGGACAACGAGAACCCCGUGGUCAGAUAGAAAGGCGAUGAGGACAAUUUCAUUUAUUCCUGGUGCGACACUGGGCGAUGUGGAGGCCGUUGUGAACGAUUUGAGUCUUGCACCAAAGCUGGACAGGAGCAUUGAGAGCCAGGUGGUGCUUAAGAAGGUUUCUGAGGCUGUAAUGGUGCUUCGCACAACGUUUCACGCUCCGAUGUGGGGAGUGGCAGCACGUGAGGUAGUAACACGUGCAACGACCGCGUACUACUUUGGUCUGGCCGAAUGCGUCGCACUUGGGCUUCCGCCCAUGAACGGGGUGUGCGAGGGUUCUGUGCUUUUGUGCGUUGGCGAGGACGCAGCGAAGGAGUUUCAAACAACGCCCAAGUAUUGUAGAGGACGUGUGUUUCUCUUUGGUGUCUUGGCGGAGGAGGUGGAGGAUGAGCAGGGGGUUCGGGGCGUUCGCCUCGUGCGAUGCGCGGCGGCGGAUCCUGGCGGCUCUAUUCCGAAUAUAGUCGUUGAUGCCGCGCUUGUGCUCCAGUUGGAAAACGCGGCAAACAUGGUGGAGUUCAUCAAGCAGCAAGCGGCUGCCAGGAAAAACAGUUUGUGA